AUGCCGCCUCGCCGUUCGCACAAAAAGUCUCGCGCCGGAUGCCGACGAUGCAAGAACAGGAAGAUCAAGUGCGACGAAGUGCACCCUCGUUGUGGGAAUUGUUCCAAGCAUGGCGUCCUCUGCGACUUUGAGAGUCGCCGCGUCUUCGACGAACUUGCUGUCCCUUCCACGCCCGCCGUCGCCAUGGACAGCCCCCCGCACACCAGCGCUACCACACCGGCCGCCGUCAGUGCGAGCGUCUUGAGGCCUUCGCCCUCGGUCGCCUCGCCUGUCCGGCUCCCGGCAACGCCCGUCACGCCGGCGCAGCCUGCGGUAUCCCCGGAGCCAGAGCCCGAGUCGUCGCCGAGCCACGUGGACAGGCUGCUAGAGCUUCGGCUCUUGCAUCAGUACACCACCAGCACGUGCAAAACCUUGCUCACAAACUCCCCCGCCACCGACGAAAUAUGGCAACGAGCGGUGCCGGACAUGGCCUUUGCCGGCAAGUCUUACCUGGCCGACGCCAUGCUCUCCCUGGCAGCACUGCACUUGCGUUCGCAGAAACCCUCGGACCAGGCAUUGGUGCAAGCCUCUCACGCCUACUCCGCAUCCACCUUGGCUGCCUACGUGACCACGCUCAACAGCGGCAUCACGGCCGACAAUGCCGAGGCUCUGUUCCUGACCGCGUCCCUCAUUUCUUUCCAGGCAACCGCCUCACGCAUCUUCGUCAAGGAAGACACCGACGCAGGUGCCGCCAACAGCUCGGGUCGAUAUACCCUGCCCAUGGCAUGGUUCCAUGCGUUCCAAGGCGUAAAGACCGUCGUCGCCAGCUCGUGGCAGUGGAUCCGCACCAGCAACACUGUCCAGGCAGUCAUCGAUUCCCAGCCGAGUUUCCAGCUGGAUCUCAACCCCCUCAACUCAACCUCCUUCUUUGGCCACCUCCUAGACGACCUGGACGAUGAGCUGUCCAAGGAGCCGCGGGACAAAAUGACCGCCACCCACCAGGGCUACUUUCACGCCGUCAGCGUCUUGAACUGGGCGCACAAGAAUCCCUACGCCCCCGCCGCGCUCGCCUUUCCUGCCAGCGUCUCGCGUCGGUUCGUCGAGGUGGUCGAGGAAAGACGCCCGCGCGCACUCGCCAUCCUAGCCUGCUUCUUCGCAUUGCUCAAGCGCAUGGAAAAUGUGUGGUGGCUCGACGACGUAUCGCGCCGCGAAGUCAUGGGCUUGGUGGGCUUGUUCGAGUCCGGCUCGCCCUGGUGGCGGCAUCUGGAAUGGCCCAUCCGAAUCGCUCUCCGAGAUGAGGGAGCCAUCCCUCCCGACGUUUGGGGUGUCGACUGCAAGAAGGAGGCAGAGGCCAAACAGGGCUUUUCCGAGUCCAUGGUCAGCCAUAUCGAGCUGUUUUCCAAGUUUACCAGCAAUCGCCCAACUGCCACCACGUCUGCAUCCGCGCAAGCUGAACUGGAGCUUGUGGCUGCUCCGCCCGACUGA